AUGGACUUCACAGAUGGCAUUGAAAAACUCAGAGCAAACAUGAGUGCAGAGUAUGACAGAGCUUACGAUACUCUGCGAAGUGACCAUAGUGUUAGUCCUGGAAGUCCUGGGUUAAGUCGCAGGUCUGCUUCAAGCUCUAGUGGCUCUGGACUGGCAUUUAUACCAUUGGAUCCAGAAGUACAAUUGCCACCAGGAAAUGGAAGGUGA